CCUCCCCUGCGCUCUGCUGCGUCGCCCUCGGUUUCCCCAAGCAAAGAUGGAAGUCGUCAAUCAGCUUGUGGCCGUUGGGCAGUUCCGGGUCUUCAAAGAGCCUCUGGGCUUUGUAAAGUUGCUAGAAUGGUUUUUUUCCAUCUUUGCAUUUGCGACGUGCGGCAGCUAUACCGGAGAAUUCACCCUGAGUGUCGAAUGCCCCAACAAGAAUGAGAGUGAUCUCGAUAUAGAUGUGCAGUUCUCAUAUCCCUUCCGGCUCCAUCAGGUGUAUUUUGAUGCUCCAGCUUGUAAAGGGACCGAGCAGGAGAAGGUUUUCUUGAUCGGAGACUGCUCCUCUUCCGCCGAAUUCUUUGUCACCGUUGCGGUCUUCGCCUUCCUCUACUCCCUUGCUGCCAUUGUCGUUUAUAUCUUCAUGCAGGACAAGUACAGGGAGAACAACAAGGGCCCCAUGAUUGAUUUUGUGGUCACGGCUGUGUUCACCUUCAUAUGGUUGGUGAGCUCCUGUGCUUGGGCCAAGGGCCUUUCCGACGUCAAGGCGGCCACCGACCCUGACAAUGUGUUCAAAGGCAUGGGCGUGUGUGAGAAAAAAGGCGUCAAAUGCGAGGAAAUACGGGAGCCGGUCACCUCUGGCCUCAACACCUCUGUGGUCUUUGGCUUCCUGAACUUGGUGCUCUGGCUGGGGAACAUGUGGUUCGUGUUCAAAGAGACAGGCUGGAGCGCCCCCUUCAUAAAGUACCCCCCUGCUCAGGAGAAGCCACCAGCACCCGAAACCUAUGCUGAUUCCUACAACCAAGCCCCAGGCUAUGGACAGCAGGACACGUAUGGGCAGCAGGGUGGCUACCAGCCCGAUUACAGCCAGCAGGGAGAAUAUGGCCAGCAAGGGGGCUACGUCCAAGGCGGGCCCACUUCCUUUGCAAACCAGAUGUAGGCGGGUCCCUACCCCACAGUAGGAGGCGUUGUGAGGAGGAAGCCGCCAUCCGGUCCCUGCACCCCCUUCUCCCCUUGUGCAGGGGAAAGGGGGGCUCGUGGGUGCUCACACUGGGAGGGGGCUGGCGGGGUCCCUCCCCCAGGAUGAAUGUAGAUGUUCGUGCUGUUUAUAUAUAUAUAUUAUAUAUAUAUGAGAAACUACAACUAGAGGUAGACCGCCCCCUCUCCCACGCCCCAUUGCCUCAUGCGCGCACACACAACACACACUGC